ACUCGGGUGGGGGUUCAGCCGCGGGCAGACACCCGAGGGCAGCGUCGGCUCGGCCCUGGAAGGGGCCCGGUGCCGCAGCCCCCCAAGCCCGGAGAGGGAUGCGGUACGCCCUGAGAGCCCGAUAGCCUCGGAUCGCCGCGGCGCAUACGAGAUGAUGGAUGAGCCGUGGUGGGAAGGAUGCGUCGCCUCGGACGUCCACUGCACCCUGCGCGAGAAGGAACUGAAGCUGCCUGCCUUCCGAGCCCACUCUCCACUCCUGAAGAGCCGUCGGUUCUUUGUCGACAUCUUGACCCUGCUGAGCAGCCACUGCCGGCUGUGCCCUGCAGCCCGGCACCUGGCCGUCUACCUGUUGGACCACUUCAUGGAUCGUUACAACAUCUCCACUUCCAAGCACCUGUACACCGUGGCGGUCUCCUGCCUCCUCCUCGCAAGUAAGUUCGAGGAUAGGGAAGACCAUGUACCAAAGUUGGAGCAGAUAAACAGCACGCGGAUCCUGAGCAGCCAGAACUUCACCCUCACUAAGAAGGAGCUGCUGGGCACGGAGCUGCUGCUCCUGGAGGCCUUCGGCUGGAACCUCUGCCUGCCCACGCCCGCCCACUUCUUGGACUACUACCUCUUGGCCUCUGUCAGCCAGAAGGACCACCACUGCCACAGCUGGCCCACCACCUGCCCCCGUAAGACCAAAGAGUGCCUCAAGGAAUAUGCCCACUACUUCCUAGAGGUCACCCUGCAAGACCAUGUUUUCUACAAGUUCCAGCCAUCUGUGGUUGCUGCAGCCUGUGUUGGGGCCUCUAGGAUCUGCCUGCAGCUCUCUCCCUACUGGACUCGAGACCUGCAGAGGAUCUCACACUAUUCCCUGGAGCAUCUCAGUGUGUGCAUCGAAAUCCUGCUAGUAGCUUAUGACAAUGUCCUCAAGGAUGCUGUUGCAGUCAAGAGCCAGGCCUUGGCUAUGGUGCCUGGCUCGCCUCCAGCCCCCACUCAGGUGCUGUUCCAGCCACCCGCCUACCCUACCCUCAGCCAGCCGCUGGCGGCCCUGGCCCCAUUCCAGACCCCCACCCCCGUGCAAGACCUGUGCUUGGCCUACCGGGACUUGUUGCAGGCCCACCGCCCAGGGAGCCUGCUCUCAGGGAGCACAGGCUCGUCCCUGCAUGCCCCAUACCCUGCCCUUCAGCCCCUGGACGUGUGUCCCAUGCCUCUCCCAGCGUCCCUCAGCAUGCAAAUGGCCAUCACAGCUGAGCCCAGGCACUGCCUCGCUGCCACCUAUGGGAGCAGCUGCUUCAGUGGGAGCCAUGUGUUCCCCACGGGCUGUUUCGACAGAUAGAGCACCUUGGGGCCGCACAGGAGGCCUUAGAGACCAGCAGAAGAAGAG